UAGUACCAAUUUGGAUGUUGAGCCGGCAGCCCGUGGCUUAACAUACUAGCUGACUGCCGAGUGAAGAACACAUAAAUAAUUUGCGUUUGUGAUAAAGAUAAAUACACACGCAAGAAGAAAAAUGGACGCCACCAUUGAAGAAACUUUCGUGGGAGAAAUUCGCCGGAAAUCUGUUCGGAGGACUUACAAAAUUGAGGAGACUUCGUCGACUACGACGACAACCACAAUGACAACAAACCAGAAACUAUAUGGAAAGGACCUGAGUGCUUACGAUGAUGUGGAUGUUGAUACGUUAUUGUCCCAGCUGUCCCCAGAGGAAAUAAACAUUCUUGCCAAGGAAGUGGAUCCAGAUGAUAACCUUCUGCCGCCAUCACAGAGAUGUAGCUAUGCAUGUGACAAGGAUCCCACUGGCCCACUGAAUCGGAAGAAACUGAUUGAGCACAUCAACAAACAGGCUCUGGAAACACCAGAUAAGCCAGAACUGAAACCAUAUGUUCCAGGCACUAUCAGAGGGAAGAAGUGGAUUCCCCCACCACCAUCAGCAAAGGAGGCAGAAGCAGAGGAGCAAAUCACUAUUGACUUGGGAGAUGAGUAUGAGCAUGCGCUUAGUGCAGCCACACAAGAGGAAAUUAUUGAUCUUGCUGCUAUUCUGGGUUUCCACUCGAUGAUGAACCAGGAUCAGUAUCACGCAUCCCUGCUGAGCAAGGGUCAACCCAUUGGCCUGGGCUGGGAUGGGAUCACUAAAGCAUCACAACCAAAGCCAUACCCUGCAGAUCCUCCCAACAUGACAGAUCCUGACACCACUAUAAAACAGGUUCAGGAUGAUGAUCACACCCUUAUUGAUCUCAACUGGAACAACAUUAAGAAUAUCUCAGAGGAGAAGUUUACUCAGCUGUUUGAAGCCCUCCCUAGCAACACACACUUGGAGACACUGAGCCUGACAAACACUGCCAUGACCGACACUACCGCUCUCAAGCUGGCAGAGGCCUUGGAACACAACAAUACCCUGCGUGUAGUCAACGUGGAAACAAACUUCAUCAGUCCAGCCGUUAUUGUGCGACUCAUUAAAUCCUUGCUCACUACAAAGUCUAUUGAAGAGUUCAGAGCAUCAAACCAACGCUCCCAAGUAUUGGGAAAUAAGAUCGAGAUGGAGAUAACAGGGCUUGUGGAGCAAAAUCCCACUCUCCUAAGGCUUGGUCUGCACUUGGAAUAUAAUGAUGCUCGUCACCGCAUUGCAAUGCACCUGCAGCGCAAUAUCGACAGGAAUCGUCUUCGCAGGAUGGGGCGCGCCUCUCGCAACUACACCAUUGGAUUUGUGAUGCACCGUAAUUCAAUGCAAGAGUGAAGAAUUGCUGGAUUUUAUCUUCACUUUAGCUGUGUGUGCACCUGGACAAAAUCUUAUAUAUGAGAGCUUUGAAUAUGGUGCGUUGAUUUGAGGCUUUACGUUAUUUUUAUUUACUACAUCUCUCUUCUAUUUCAAAGUAAGAAAACCCCAUUCUUUUUAUGCCGAAUCAUCCUACCACUUUUUUUAAAAACAAUUUCUCAAUUUUAUGUAUAGAAGGACAUAUAAUUGAAAUGCACUGUUGUAUAAUGCUUUUGAAGUUGAGUCACUGUAGCACCAAGAUGCACAUUUCAUGUAGAUUGUGUAAGAUUUUCAUUCUGUUUGUAUGGGCCUGGAGGACUUGAUGACUGGUAUCUGAGGUUGAAGUUUUUGCAGUUAAGCUCAUUUUUUUUUCUCUAAAACAGUUUUUUUUCCCCCUAUCAUAUUGGCACUUUAUUGCAGAAAAUUGACUUUUUUUGUCUCAUUGUUCUGGCUAACAGAAGUACUCAUUCUCAUGCGCUUGGUAUUGAGACUUCCAUACAUGAGCCUGUGACUAGUUACCCCUGCCAGUGAUUUUUCCAGAUUUUGAAAGAGCUUACUGCAAUUCCAAAUGUUUUAAGAUAUUUUCUUUAAGAAGCAACGUACUGUUUUAAAUUGAUCAGUAUGAACUAAGAUUUAGGCAAUAGAAUAUUAUGGGCAAAGAGAAAUAGUUGUACAUUUUUUUCUUAAUACCUCUUUCCCUCCCCAAGUUUUGGGAUUGUUUUUAAUAUACAAAUAAAACUUUAAUUUUACUUGUAAUAAUCACAUUAAAUAUGGCUGUAGACUACUUGUUUGUACAGAUUUGUAAGUAUUUUGUAAAAUUCUGUUAAGCAAAUUAAUAAUUGUAUUUACAUGUGACAGUUAAUUGUAUUAGUUGAUGCUGGUGCCCAACCUUUAUGUGCUAUCAAUGACUCAUGGAUUUCAAUUAUUGCAGUAAAUUGGCAUGAAAUAUCUUGCACACAUGAUCAUGAAUUUUGCCCCAUUGUCUCAAGACUGCCUGUAACAAGUGCCAAGUAUGGGGCAACGUGACUGAAGUAUUGUGUAUCACCAUAUGGUCAGUGUUAUGGAUUCAGACUUAUGUUGUGGACUUCCAUAAACAAACAAGGCAUUUAGAGCACUGAUUAUUCGGAAGUAUUUUGUUAUUGAACAGUAAUACUCUGUGUCAAGCUGGAAAUGAUGUAGUGAUGUCUCUAUUAUCAAUUUUCUGUUGCUGAUGGUUUGAUCAUGUUUCAUCUUUCACUUUUCAGUCAUUGCUUUGUAAACUGAUAUUAUGCAUUUUUUUUUCUUUCCUUUCAUACCACGAGCAUAGUGGAGAUUGUUCAGUCUUGCUAGGCUGAGACAAUGCACAUACAUUUGAUUUUUAUUGCAUAAUAUGCUUCCAUCUUUCACUGUGAAUGCCUUUAAUGUACAGUAAUGGAACAAAUAAUAAUAAUAACAACAAUGAGAACAUUA